UUUGUUGCUCAGCCAAACUGCCAGCAGCUACUAGCAACACUUUGGUACGACGGUUUUCCAGGAUGGAGGCGGAAACACUGGGCAGUAAAACUCUUGACCUGUGUCACCAUUGGACUGCUAUUUCCUGUGCUAUCCGUGGCAUAUCUGAUUGCACCGAAGAGCAGGCUGGGACUGUUCAUUAAAAAGCCAUUUAUAAAGUUUAUCUGCCACACCGGCUCUUACCUAACCUUCCUCUUCAUGCUCCUGCUGGCAUCGCAGCACAUCGUCAGGACUGACCUUCACAUGCAGGGACCACCUCCCACCAUCGUGGAGUGGAUGAUCCUGCCCUGGGUUCUAGGUUUUAUCUGGGGAGAAAUCAAGGAAAUGUGGGACGGUGGAUUCAAUGAGUACGUACAUGACUGGUGGAAUCUGAUGGAUUUUGCAAUGAACUCCCUCUAUCUUGCAACUAUCUCCCUUAAAAUUGUUGCCUACGUCAAGUAUAACGGUUCUCGUCCAAGGGAGGAAUGGGAAAUGUGGCACCCGACUCUCAUUGCAGAAGCCCUCUUCGCCAUAUCCAACAUUUUAAGUUCCUUGCGUCUCAUAUCCCUGUUUACAGCAAAUUCACACCUGGGACCCUUGCAGAUUUCUCUGGGACGCAUGCUGCUAGACAUCCUUAAAUUCCUUUUUAUCUACUGUCUGGUGCUUCUGGCUUUUGCCAAUGGACUGAACCAGCUUUAUUUUUAUUACGAGACCAGUGCCUCGGAGGAACCCAACAACUGCAAGGGGAUCCGAUGUGAGAAACAGAACAAUGCCUUCUCCACACUUUUCGAGACCCUCCAGUCACUCUUCUGGUCUGUGUUCGGUCUGCUGAAUCUCUACGUCACCAACGUGAAAGCCAGACAUGAGUUCACAGAAUUUGUUGGGGCCACCAUGUUUGGGACCUACAACGUCAUCUCCCUUGUUGUGCUGCUGAACAUGCUCAUAGCCAUGAUGAACAACUCCUACCAGCUCAUCGCCGACCACGCGGAUAUUGAGUGGAAGUUUGCACGGACGAAGCUCUGGAUGAGUUACUUUGAUGAAGGUGCCACCCUGCCCCCUCCUUUUAACAUUGUCCCAAGUCCCAAGUCCGUCUGGUACCUUUGCAAGUGGAUUCACAAUCAGCUCUGCCCAGGCAACGACUCUUACAACGAACAGAAGAGGCACAAAAACCUCAAAACGUUCACAGAGCGGCAUGCUGACAACCUGAUUCAGAAUCAACAUUACCAGGAAGUGAUAAGAAAUCUUGUGAAAAGGUACGUCGCAGCAAUGAUAAGAACUUCCAAAACCAACGAAGGUUUAACGGAAGAGAAUUUCAAGGAAUUAAAACAGGACAUCUCAAGUUUUCGCUAUGAAGUUCUUGACCUCUUAGGAAACAGGAAGCCCCAGAGGAGAAGUUAUUCUACCAGCAGCACAGAGGUGUCCCAAAAGGAUGAAACAAGUGAGGACGGUCCUGGAGAAAAAUCCAAAGCCAAGAGCGUGUCUUUCAAUGUAGCCAACAAAAAAAAGGACUUCAACGUGUCUGCUCUAAUUAAAACUAUGUCUGGGAUCGAUAUGGUGGAAGAGAAGCCAAAAAGCAAUGGGAUUGGCAAGCGCUCCUUUGUCCGAAAUGGAAAUAGGGUUCAGAGACUUUCCAGCUCCAAGAAGGAGUCCUUCAAGAGACUGGGCCUGCUUUUCUCCAAGAUGAACGGGCACGUACCUGAACCAAAUUCAGAGCCCAUGUACACCAUUUCAGACGGAAUUAUUCAGCCACACUACAUGUGGAAAGACAUUAAAUAUUCUCAGAUUGAUAAAGAGAAAGAAGAGAAUUGUUCCAAAAGCGAAAUUAACCUCAAUGAGGUGGACUACAGUGGGAAGACAAGACUCACAGGACAGAGCAAGGAGUGCCCUGUGGUUUGUACCAGCUCCCUUCACUGUGCUUCCAGUAUUUGUUCCUCCAAUUCCAAACUUAUAGACUCCUCAGAGGAUGUGUUUGAUUCGUGGGGAGAGGCUUGUGACUUGUUUAUAAACCAGUGGAAAGACGGGCAGGAGGAUCACGUCACAACUCGGCUAUAA